AUGAAGCAAAUUGUUUGUUUUGGAACGCAGAUCAAGUAUGUAUUUCAUAAUGAUCAAAAACCAUCAAUAUUAAAACUCAAGAAUCGCCGAGGUGAACGGAAAGAAAUAGUGAAGGCGGUUGACUUCAAAAAAUUCGUGCCACGUUAUGUUUGCAACAUUGGAUGCUGUACUUUUUCGUCUUAUAUCAAUAGUGAUUUUUUAUCUCAUUUGAGACUGGACCAUGUACAUUGUGACCAAUUCUUUUGUGACCUUUGUGCUAAAAAUAAUGACAAUGGAUUUGUUUCGUCCAAUCCGAAAAUAUUUGUUAAACAUUUUAAUUUGCACAAAAUCAACAAAUAUCAAUGUAUUUUCUGUUUGUUUGGUGCUGAAUGUAUUGAAGUCAUAAUAAUUCACUUGGCGAUGGAACAUUUUGAAUAUGAACCUUUAUGUUUGGAACGUUCUCCGAAAAACGAUGUUUGUGAUAAAAGAAAAAUAAAAAAUCUUAACAUUUUAAAUAUUAAAAAAUAUGUACCCGAUGAAAUAAUAGAAGUAGUGGGUACAAAUUUAAUAAAAAAAAUUAGUAUAAAAGAAUCUCUAACUAAAGAGAUGAAUGAUACACGUCAAAUGGAUCCCGAUGAUAUGUUUACAAAUACUAAAAUAGAUGAAGUUGACAAUAGUGCUCAACUAUUAAAUAAAAUUUUUAAAAAAAUUGCACAGUCGUCGAGAAACACAUCAACAGCUAUUGAUAAAAAAAAAAAUGAGGUUACAUUAUCUGACGAAGUAAAACAAAAAGUUUCACAAGAUACACAACAAAUUCAAAAUGUCAUAGCUCCAAUCGUGAAUGAAAAAAAAAAACCAUCAGAAUUGUCAAACGAUAAUCUUAUAAAUAAUUUUGAGAUACAAAUUAGUGGAAAUAGCUUAGAAACUCAUUCAUCCGAAAAACCAAUCGACCUGUCUAAAAAAUAUGUAACUAAGAGUGCAAUACUGAAUAAGUUGAUCUCCAUUAAAACUAUUGAUAAAGUCACCCAAAAUAUACAUUCGUCCGAAAAUCGCUUGAAUUACUGUCCAAUAGAAAGUCCUAAAGAGAGUACUUUUAGUAUAGCACAGUCUGACACGGUAUGGAAUUCGUCAUAUGAGGCUGACAAACUUCCAAAACGACUUAGACUAAACCGUUUUACGUGCACUUUUUGUAACUUGGAAUUACCAUCUAGUGACAUUGUCAAGAGGCACGUAAGAAAAGAACAUAACAUUUCCAACCUCGAGUUCGUGCCUGUAGAUAUUAAUGCGACGGAUAUUGAGAAAGACAGAUUUCUCGUAUGCCAGGAUAAAUCUUCGAAAACAAAAAAACGAUCUAAUGAUUGUAUAGUUUUAACGGAUGAUUAUGAUAGUACUACUACUGUUCACAAGAAACGUUUUAAAGUUGAUAACAAAUACAAUGAUUCUCAAUUAACUGCAUUACCAAAUACUUUGAAUACGCCUGAACAGCAUACUGGACGUAGUAAGGUUAAAUCAAGAGAAAAACACAAAAUCUUAAAAAGAAAACAUUCCAGUGAUAGUUGCAACAAUAUAAGCAACAAAAAAACAUCUAACCCAUACAUGUCGAAUGAUACUAUUCUGGGCACUACAAUAGAAAAGUAUUUUUCUUCAGAAAAUAUUGAUGGCAUUCCAGAAACAGAAUAUUUCUUGGAACCGAUGAGAUGUUUAUUUUGCGAUUAUCAAACUAAGGUGCGAUCUAAUCUAAUGGCACACAUUAAGAAACAUAGAGUAGAACCAAAAGACUCAACUGAGAACAUUUUUAAAUCUAUUUCAUGUAAUUCCAAUUCUGUAUUUACGUCUAUGAAUAUGAUCAGUUCAUUCACUAGUUUAUUUGAUGUUCAACAAAAUGAAAAGAUUAAGCUCGUCAACUUCAGAGAAUUGAAGUGGCACUUUAAUCAUCAUGCCGAAAACUUAUACUUUUGUCAGUAUUGUAGUUUCAUUCAUUUUAAACGUGAAAAAAUAAAAGCACACAUGAAAAGAAAACAUUCAUCUUUUAUAGAAGGCGAAAAUGAAUUCAAUAUAAUUGCGAUUAGAAAACAAAAACCUAUACAAAAUAUCAUACCUUUGGAUCAACAAAUAUCUAAAUGGAUAUGUAAAUUAUGUGGCUAUGAUGUCAAGUAUACUAAAACUGGGAUUGCUGCACACAUGUCAAAGAUUCAUAACACAUUAAACACGUUUAAAUGCUCUAUAUGUUUAAUUGAUUACAGUGAUUAUGACGUAUUUAAAAAACAUUUAAAAUUGAAUCAUCCAUAUUCGCCAGUUAAUUACUUGAACAAACAUGUUGAUAAAGUUAGUUCAGGUAAAGAACUGCAACCACUUAAUAAACAAACAAAUGUUGGUGAAUACGAUAUGCGUACACAAUGCAAUAUGCUAAAUGUUUCGGAAACUUUAAACAGUGUCGCUGAAUCAACAAUCAUAAUUCCUGGAUCUAAAGAAAUUUCAACUACCACUUGUUCGAAAUCCGCCAAAUCGAUCGUAGUAUCAGAAGUUCAAAAAAAAAUACUCAGCAACCCUUCCGACUAUCCUAACGAUUAUUUGACAAUGAUACAGUGUAUUGCCAAAUACGUAUGUCCAGUAUGCAAUGUGUUUAUAACCGAGGAAGAACAAUCUUUCUGCGAACACUUGUUAAAAGAAAUUAAUUGCAAACUAUGGAAAUGUUUGGAAUGUUUCUCGAUCAGCGAUUCGUUAGAGGAAAUGGAAUCACAUAUAAUAAAACACAGACUCGAAAAGCGGAAGUUUGAGAAAAUCGAAAGUUUUAAUAAAAAUAGUUGGGUCAAUCGGAUAAUUGAACAUCAAAAUAUUCUUAUUGAAUAUGUACUACUCAGAAAAUUCGAUCAAAAUACUGAUUUUGCCAUCCAAAAUGAAUCGAAAGUAUAA